CACUUCCAUAGAGAAAGUCCAGACAUUUGUAUCGCAAAAAGUAUCAACAUGAGCAUUCGUCACUAUAUAGACAAGUUUUUGUUGUUGUCGUGGCGACUGCAUAGGAUUCAGUGGAAUCGGCCGAUGGAGCUAAUCUGGGUGGUAUUCGCCCCCUUCGCGCUAUGCUGCAUCGCGGUCAUCAUGCGGCUGACGUCUAACAUGUCCGAGCGCUUCAACAGUUUCUACGACCCAAUUGAUCUAGCCCAAAGCUGGUCCGAUUUGAUGGAGACGCUAACGAUUCGCCAACAGAUUACCCUCCAACAUAAUAGGAGCAACAAUGUCUUUACUCCGAAGCUGGUGCUGGGCUGGGCGCCCGACGAUUACAACAUAUUUGAGAAGAUCAUGGAGCUCUCCUUGCGCAAACUGAAAUUGAUCGAGCUACGCAGUUAUACCAGGUGCUCCGAAAUGAAGGCAGCUAUGCAGAACGAGUUUCUGUUCGCGGGCAUUUGCUUUGAUCAAGGCCAGUUCGAGAAGAAAUAUAUAUUCAUUGACGAUUUCCUGGGCAAAGACGAGCAGGUACUUCCGCACAUCAACUACUCAAUUUUGUAUCCAAGCGAGCUGCGCAUGUUUCAUAGCACGUACAUUGGCGAUAACUGGAAGACAAUCCAUCACGACGAUCCCAAAAUGUCUGUAUUACGACGCUUGAACGACGACAGCAUAGAUGGCCACUGCUCUUAUGUCCGCGAAGGCUUUGCCUUCAUCCAAAUGGCCAUAACUGAAACGUAUCUAGUGAUCAUGAGCAGAUCGAGCAUACCAAAGAUUGUGCUGCGACGCUUUCCGGUCAAUGGACGCAUCAUUGACCCGCAAAUGACUCGCAUAAAUCACUCUAUACCCAUUCUACUUAUUUUCGGCUUUUUGUUUCCGUCACAAGUCCUUGUCUGCCAAGUCGUCCAAGAGAAACAACGCCAGAUGCGUCUGUUCCUAAUCAAUAUGAACAUUGGCAACAUCAUACACUUUGUAUGCUGGUACUGCAAAGGACUCGUCUAUAUGCUGAUCAGCUCAAUUCUUAUUAUGGGCGUCGUUAAGGUGCCUUGGAAUGCUACGGAAACCAUAUUCAAGCAAACACCAUGGUAUAUUAUAUUACUGGUGCUCGUCACGUAUAAUGUAGCAGCAACUAGUUUCUGUCUAUUGAUUGCCUCGUUCUUCAAGAACAGCGCAGUGGCGCUGCGGGUAGUGACCGUAGUCUGGAUAAUCACGUAUUUGCCAUUCUUUGUGAUAUACAACAACCGGGAAAAGAUUGACGCAACAAUUACAUAUAUAUCCUGUGCGUUCCCCAACACUGUACUGGCUCUGAUUUGCCAGAGCCUUCUGGAGCGUGAGAUGUUCUCUGGGAAGCAGUGGGUAGAUCAGGGCUAUGCAUUAAGCUAUGUGGCCGAACGCAUCAGGGUCUUUCAGGGCAUAUAUAUAUUUCUGAUAACCACAGUUCUAUAUUCCGCCAUCAGCAUUUAUAUGGAUGUAUGGCACACGGGCGAAACGGGCGGCAGACGACGCAAACACAUAUCUGUGCCCACGCACAGCGGCGACUUCACCUACCAGGACCGUGAGGAUAGCUUCCUGCCGCAGGGCCCACAGCCGGUUGGAGUGAAGGCAACCAAAAUCUAUGAGGUGGAACCGUCGCAUCGACGUUUCAAGAUCAAAAUAAAGAAGCUGUGCAAACGAUAUGCAAACAACCCUCGUGGUGCCCUCAACUCAUUCACAUGGAAUAUCUACGAGAAUGAGGUUACCGUACUGAUGGGCCACAAUGGGUGUGGCAAGACGACUUUACUCAAGAUACUUGCUGGCCUGGUGGAGCCGACACGUGGCGUUGUCAUGGUAUCCGACUUUAAUAUACAAACCGAACGGCAUGAUGCGUCUUUGCAACUCGGCCUGGCACUGAACGACGAUCUACUUUCACCGGACCUAACUGUCAACGACCAGAUUCGUUUCAUAUGCAUGGUUAAAGGUAUCUCGUGGAAUGAUUCCUCCGAGGAGAUUGAGCUAUAUACACAGAUGUUACAGUUAACCAACGUCAGGCAUACCAAGAUAAAAAACCUGACCGCAAAGGAGCGAAGUCUACUCAAUAUUUGUUGCGCCUUUGCCGGUGGCAGCCCCAUUAUUCUCAUCGACGAUAUUCAUUCUGAUCUGGAUCUUAUCACACAAAAUCUCAUCUGCAAUCUCAUCAACGAAGAGAAAUUCAAACGCACCAUUCUCUUGGUGUCCAAUUCAACAGCGCUAGCCAGCCACCUGGCCGAUCGACUGGCUAUCAUGUCCAAUGGGGAGCUCAAGUGCACUGGAAGCAAACCUUUUCUGCGUAAUAUGUACGGACAUGGUUUUCGUCUGACCUGCAUUAAAGGUAAAGAUUUUGAUUUAUCAGAGUUGCAAACUCUGUUAAGCAAAUAUCUACCGAAUCUGACAGUGGAAAGUGAUAUUGGGAAUAAAAUCACAUAUGUGCUUGAGACCAAGUACGAGGAUAGAUAUCCCAACCUGUUUGAUGACCUCGAGGACGAAAUGGUAAAUCUAGACAUAAUCAGUUUUCGCAUACGUGACACGUCAUUGGAUGAGAUCUUCUUCCGCUUUGGCUCCGAGGAUGGAGAUAUCAGCGGAGAACCGGCGAUAUUGCUAGACGACUUGAAAGUAGUCUACGAAGACUCGGACAGUGUUGGACGUGUCAAAGGAGGAAAGCUUACCAAAAUGCGUAUACUGGCCCUGUUUCAAACGCGCUUGAUACUGAAUAAACGUCAAAUUCCCAUGAAAAUCAUCCACGCCUUGGCUAUAUUAAUAGCCGCCAUAUGCACCUUCUCCUCAUUGAUUUUUUUUGGGAAGGACUAUCAGCUCGUGCCAAUGUCCUUCAAUUUAACUCAGAUACGUAAUAUUGAUGCAUUUGUGGAAAUGAUGUCAAGUAGUCUGGAUGUACUUGAAAUGCAGGAGUUCUUUAUAGAGCUACUCUUCUGGUAUGAUGGUCAUGUUAAAAUACUAAAGACAAUGAUCGAUUCGGAAUUCUAUUUACUACUGCAAACCGAUUUUAAUCGAGUUGUUAACUAUCGCUACAUAUUCGGUGCUUCGCUUGACACGGACAUUAUAACCGUCUGGUAUAACAAUAUACCACUUCAUGCCGCACCGUAUGGCCUCAAUUUGGUUCACAAUGUUGUUGCACGACGCUUCUUCAACGACGAGGCUUCAAUCGAUGUGACAUUAGAACCGCUGCCAUUUCAAGCCCAUGUGAAUGCAUUGCCACAGACACCGUUUUCUUUGGGCACGAUGAUGGCCAUAAAUUUCUCGUUCAUAUUUAGCAAUCUGUGGAUGAGCGUUGCCAUUUCUAGCAUAAUGGACCAUAAUUUCAAGAAACAGCAGUAUCUCACCGGAAUGAGUCUAACCGUCUAUAGCUUUUGUAUGUUUGUCUUCGAUUUUAUACGGGUUGUAUUGUUGACUCUGAUGAUAGUARUAGUAGUAUCAUUCUACUUUAAUCCGCGACACGAUGUGCAUUUAUAUUGCUGGAUUUUUCUCGCACACGCCUUCAAUGGUUUCUCUGUGGUCACAUUAUCCUACCUGCUCGGUGUCUUGCCCAUCGAGCCUAAUAGUGCAUUUAUUGCAAUAUCAAGCUUUAAUGCACUGGGUAUCAUCAUGUUCAUUAUAACUGUCAGCGACUAUCUUGUCGAUAUGAACGGUAUUUUCCAGCUGCUUCCCCAAUACACGUUCGCUGAGGUGAUUUUCAAAUUGGUUUUCCUGUAUGAGUAUGACUUUCUCUGUAAGGACUCGAAUAUCAACUUCCUAUCGACGGUGGUGGAAAAGUGCAAAGUAUUACCAAACUGUUGCACCGAGUACAAUUACUGGAGUGGUAACUUUGGUGUAGUCAUUGAUGUUAUCAUGAUGGUAGUCGCCGUUGUCGUGCCGCUAGUUAUUUUUCUUGUGAUAGAAUACUAUACGCUAAUGAGAUGCAAAUGCCAGACAGUACCGAUGAUGAGCAAGCGGAAGCCUAAUCCGAGCGAGUCGCGCAUAGAUCGUCAGGCCCCCCAUAAAGUGGACGAAUCGGUUCUUACCGAACGAAGUCUCAUAGAGAAGCUUAAAGACAAUGAACGAUCAAACUAUGCUGCCAUCUGUCACGGAAUAGGCAAAAGCUAUGGCAAAAAAUUUGUUUUAAUACGUUUUGAUCUAAUUAUACCCCAUGCCGAAUGCAUUGGUCUAAUGGGAUACAACGAUUGCGGUAAGACGACUAUUGCCAAAAUGAUUAUUGGUGACCUACAACCGUCGUAUGGACGGAUAUGGAUUGGGGGCUACAACACACAAAAGGAACGCGCCAAGUGCUAUCCUUUGUUGGGCUAUUGCUCACAGCAUGAAUCUCUGCCGAGAGACUUUACGCCAUACGAACUGCUGAUCAUUCAGUCGAUGAUGCACGGAGUGUCCAAAAAGCUUGCCACUCCAAUAUGCGAGGGACUGUCACAUUUGUUGGGCUUCCAAAGCUGUUACCGUCAGCUGCUCAAACUCUGCACCACCGGGCAAAUAAGGCGCAUAGGGUUCGCUCUAGCCAUUUUGGGUGAUCCGAUGUUAGUUUGCAUAGAUGGACCACCUGGUGGCAUUGAUCCAAAUGGCAAGCGUACCCUGUUCAGUCUGACAUCCUAUAUGCAAAGUCGUGGCUGCAGUUUCCUGUACUCGAAUCUCUCGGCUUUGGACUGUGAGCGACUGUGCCAGCGCGCUCCGAUUCUAUAUGAUGGUAAGGUAUGGACGGUUGGCUCACAGAGAGAGCGCUAUAGACGCGGUUAUGAGCUGGAGGUGCGCUUCAAGCGUAAGGCUAAUGCCGACAUUAGCACGGCAAGAAGCACCUGGGAUCGCAUCAAUAAGUUUCCGGUUUCGCCUCACAACAAAUUGAUUCUUUUCGUUCAAAUGAAAUUUCCUGAGGCAAUUUUACAGCAGCAGCACGACAAUGCUAUGGUCUACUAUAUACCACGCAAUUCGAUUAGUUUUGCAGAAAUAUUUCAGAUCAUACGCAAGGAUGCGUUCGAAUUGAAUAUUGAGGAUUUCUAUAUAACCCGAAAUAUUGUUGGGGGCAUGCACUCCCACCUAUUUGACAGUACAAUUCUUAGGGAUAUGAAAUAACACAAUUAAUUUUUUUUAGUUUUUAGAGACGGCAAC